AUGGGUUUUAAAGACUACAACGUUGACAGUGACAGGCUACCAGGUACAAGUUAUCUUCCACCAAACGAAAACACUAAUGGAUAUACUGAUGGUGAACCUGAAUUGGAAUAUCUACCACCCAGUAACGGAAAUGGAAAUGGCAAUGGUCACUCCAACGGAAAUGGGAACGGCAAUGGCCAUUCCAAUGGUAACGGAAAUGGCAAUGGAAACGGAAAUGGCAACGGAAACGGUUAUCCUGGUUUGGCAUAUCUUCCUCCAAGUAAUGGCAAUGGCAAUGGAAAUGGCAAUGGUUAUAAAAACGGUAACGGUAACGGUAAUGGUAAUGGUAAUGGAAACGGUCACAGCAAUGGUAACGGUAAUGGUAACGGCCACAGCAAUGGUAACGGUAACGGUAACGGCCACAGCAAUGGUAACGGUAAUGGUGCACCAAACGGACUUUACGGACCACCAAGCAACGGAAACGGAAAGCCAAGACCAGUAUACGGCCCUCCAACAAACGGCAACGGUAACGGCAAUGGUAACGGUAAUGGUCACGGCAAUGGUAACGGUAAUGGCCGCAGCAAUGGCAACGGUAACGGGAAUGGCAACGGUAACGGAAAUGGCAACGGAAACGGAAAACCAGGUGCUUCAUAUCUUCCUCCUUCAAAUGGAAAUGGCAACGGAAACGGCAACGGUUAUAAAAACGGAAACGGUAACGGAAAUGGCAAUGGUAGGCCAAGUGGAACAUAUGGACCACCGUCUAAUACAUACGGCCUACCAGUAAACGGAAAUGGCAACGGUAACGGUAAUGGAAACGGAAACGGUAAUGGACAUAGUAACGGAAACGGUAAUGGCAAUGGUAAUGGAAACGGCAAUGGCAAACUAAAUGGAUUAUAUGGACCACCUUCUGCUACAUAUGGGCCACCUUCUAAUACAUAUGGACCACCUGCAAAUGGAAACGGAAAUGGUAAAAACGGAAACGGAAAUGGCAACGGAAAUGGAGGAAGUAACGGAAAUGGAAACGGUAAACCCAAUGGACUAUAUGGGACACCAUCAAAUGGAAAUGGUAAUGGAAAUGGCAACGGAAAACCCAAUGGAUUAUAUGGACCACCUACUAAUGGGAACGGUAAUGGAAAUGGCAACGGUAAACCUAAUGGAUUAUAUGGACCACCUCGUAAUGGAAAUGGAAACGGUAAUGGAAAUGGAAACGGUAAUGGUAACGGCCAUAGUAACGGAAAUGGUAACGGUAACGGCAUAGGUAAUGGAUUUUAUCUACCACCUAAUGGUAAUGGUAUCGGAAACGGAUAUAAAAACGGAAACGGUAAUGGUAACGGCCAUAGUAACGGAAACGGUAAUGGUAACGGCCAUAGUAACGGAAACGGUAAUGGUAACGGCCAUAGUAACGGAAACGGUAAUGGUAACGGCCAUAGUAACGGAAACGGUAAUGGUAACGGCCAUAGUAACGGAAACGGUAAUGGUAACGGCCACAGUAACGGAAACGGUUACGCUAACGGAAAUGGCAAUGGUAACGGUAAUGGAUAUCCAAGUGGAGGUCCAAAUGGAAAUGGCAAUGGGGAAUCUGACGAGCCAGCAAAAUACGAAUUUGAAUAUGAAGUAAACGACCCAGAAAGUGGUAAUGAAUUUGGUCACAAGGAACAGCGUGAUGGAGAUGUGGCAACAGGAGAAUACUUCGUAGCCCUUCCCGAUGGUAGAAAACAAAUCGUAACAUAUGAGGCAGACCUAGAUGGGUAUAAACCAACAAUUAACUACGAAGAGGGUAAUGGAAAUGGUAAUGGUAACGGGUAUCCUAGUGGAGGACCAAAUGGUAACGGUAACGGGUAUCCAAGUGGAGGCCCAAAUGGUAACGGAAAUGGCAAUGGAAACGGUAAUGGCAACGGUAAUGGAAACGGUAAUGGAAAUGGCAACGGUAAUGGAAACGGCAACGGUAACGGAAAUGGACAUGGUAACGGCAAUGGGAAUGGCAACGGAAAUGGUUACCCGAGUAACGGUAAUGGAGGGAGUAACGGCAACGGAUACAGCUAUUGAUUGUACUGAAUUCGAAUUAUUUUCAAACAAUUUGUUGAAUCUAAUUUAUUUAUCUGGUCUAUGUUAGCAUAAAACGAUUGAAUGUUCUGUGUCAUACACAGUAGGAAAUGUAGUAUUGUAAUAUGUUUUAAGUGUGCAAAAGACAGAAGGUACCUGUAAAAUUGUAAACGUACCUACAAUUCUCAAGCAGAUUUUUUACAAAAAGUACAAAUUAAAUAAUAUUUAUUAUUAAAAUUACAGUUAAAAGCCAAAUUAAGAUCAAUGAAUAUUGAGUAAAAAAUUGUAACAAAUUCAUGUGAACCAACGAUUAUAAUGAAACAUAAGCUCAAUCAUAUAACAUGUAUAUAGUAAUUUAAAUAAUUAGUUUUAAGUAGAUAUCUUCCUUAUUUAUUAAACAAUUUUUGUGAAAAUCACGACGACUGGAAUGGCAAAAGGUAUUG